UCGCUCGUGAUCAGUCCGUCUCUUUCACGUUUCAAGCAAAUAAUUCCCCUUCUGCUUUCCUUCGUACUGUUUUCAUAUACCGCUCCCCUAACAAACUUAGUGACGAAACGGCCUCACCUUAGGAUAUACUUCUAGGCGCCUUGAAAAUAACAUGUGUACAUUUAACACCCACACAAACGAAGUUGACAGCAGAAAUUGAAGUGUGGGACAUCCCCUUGGUACGCAAUUCACACAAAAACAGAAAAUUGAAGGAGUAAUUCAGGGGUUGAAUGCAAUAAUCUUAAAAAAGAUAUACAUCGUUAAACUGAUUCUGUUAUAUUAAAAGUGAUCCGGGCAUCUGUAAUUGAAGAACCGGUAGUAGAUUUCAAUUUGAUUGACAUAGAACAUUGAGUUUCAGUUUCAAAGCAACAUAUGUUCAAAUGAAUCAGAAAAGCAUCCACUUGGUUAAUUACCGAAAACAGUUUGUUUAUUAGCGGCCGCAGCAAGUCACACGUUUUCGCUUCGAGGAGUGCACUUCUAGAACCAGAAGGAAUUAUCGAGAAUUUUAAGUGGUAUUUUCGUCUGAGAAUCCUUAUAAAAGAUCUGGUAAAGAAACAACACCAAUUUUUGAAUUGCAUUUGAAUAAUGGUCAGCGAAGCAAUGGCAAACCAGCAAGAAGAUCCUACUGUGUGCAAAGAACGAGGCAAUGAAGAUUUCAAGAAUGGACACUGGGAUGCGGCGAUUUCGUGGUACUCGAAAGCAAUCAAGUUUGGCGAGAAGCAAAAAGAGUUGCCCGUUUUCUAUAAGAAUCGUGCUGCAGCAUAUCUCAAGCAGGAAAAAUACAGCAAAGCACUAGAUGAUUGCAGUAAAUCGCUGGAGGGCUGUCCAAAUGAUCCGAAAGCAUUGUUUCGCAGAUCCCAGGCGUAUGAAGCGUUGGAGAAGUUCGAGGAAGCGUACAAAGAUCUUAGAACAAUUCAUACGUAUGAUCCGAACAAUAAAACUAUCAAACCACAUCUGGAGAGAUUACAUGCCAUUGUUCAGGAAAGAGUUCGUCAAAGGGCGCAAACUUCGAACAAGGUAGCUCAGAUGUUCCAAAUCGCUUUUGAUUUAGCCGCGAUAAAGGAAAAACGGGAGCAAGCGAUGAAUAAUAUUGUAGUGCUGGCUCGAGAGACUGCAGGAGCUGAAACAAUGUUGAAGGAAGGUUUGGUGACCCGCAUCGGAAAGUUGUUGAAAGUUGAGAAGAACAAUGAUAUAAUCACGAACGCUAUUCGUGCUAUAGAUGAGGUGUGCACUAGGAGUUCGGAUCGAACAAAAACGGUCAUCAAGGAGCUUGGUAUUCCAUGGUUUCUGCAGAUUCUUGAUACCGAGGUAGAAGAUCGAGUUACGGCAUCUCAGCACUGCAUGCAAACCGUCCUGAAUUCGUUGUCCGGCAUGGAAAAUAAAGAGGACUCCAAACCUGACAAAGAUCUUGUUGAAUCGAACAAGCAGUUGAUCGACACCCUCCUAAGCUGUUUAGUUUAUUCCGUCACUGAGCGUACGAUAUCGGGGUUGGCCCGUGAUGCAAUUAUGGAACUAAUCAUUCGUAAUGUGCACUACAAAACGCUCGACUGGGCUGAACAGUUAGUCGAAAUGAAGGGUUUAGUUCGACUGAUGGAAGUCUGCUCCGAGCUGGAGGAGUAUAAAUACGAGAGCGCGAUGAAUAUUACCGCUUCUUCUCGUACGAUUGCAUCCGUUUGUUUGGCGCGUAUUUACGAAAAUAUGUAUUACGAUGCGGCUCGCGAAGUGUUCACCAAUCAAAUAGCGGACUUCGUGAAAGAUAAAUUAUUGACGCCGGACCACGAAUCGAAAGUACGCGUCACAGUGGCAAUUACUGCGCUGCUGCUUGGACCUCUGGAAGUGGGUAACACAAUGAUAUCAAGGGAGGGUAUUAUGCAAAUGAUUUUGGUAAUGGCACAAUCGGACGACGUGUUGGAGCAGAAGGUCGCCUGCGAAUGUAUCAUCGCUGCUGCCUCAAAAAAGGACAAAGCAAAGGGUCUUAUUCAGUCCGGCGCAGAAAUCCUAAAGAAGCUGUACACCUCGAAAAAUGAAGAAAUUCGUGUCCGUGCGCUGGUGGGUCUCUGCAAGCUAGGAAGCUCGGGUGGAUUGGAUGCGUCGAUCCGUCCGUUCGCUGAUGGAUCAACUAAGAAGCUGGCGGAAGCUUGUCGCAAAUUUCUUAUAAAACCAGGCAAGGACAAGUCCAUCCGGAAGUUUGCUGCCGAAGGCUUGGCGUACCUAACGCUAGAUGCUGAUGUAAAGGAGAAACUCGUUGAGGACCGUGCAGCUAUCAAAGGAUUAAUCGAGUUGGCGAAAACUGGAGAUCAAUCGGCAAUAUAUGGUGUCGUUACAACACUGGUGAAUUUGGUGAAUGCAUAUGAAAAACAGGAAAUCGUACCGGAAUUAGUCGAACUGGCCAAAUUUGCUAAGCAUCACAUCCCAGAGGAGCACGAACUGGAUGAUCCUGAUUUCGUUAGUGGUCGUAUUAUUAUAUUAGCAAACGAAGGGGUUACAUCGGGUUUGGUAGCAUUGUGCAAAACCGAGAGUGACAACAGCAAAGAAAUGAUUGCCCGUGUCUUCAACGCACUUUGUAGCGAACAAGAAGUGCGGGGUAAGGUCGUUCAACAAGGGGGUGCAAAAGUUUUGCUCCCCCUAUCUCUCAAGGGAACAGCUAACGGGAAACGGCAUGCUGCCCAGGCUUUGUCCCGCAUUGGAAUUACUAUCAAUCCGGAGGUUGCAUUUCCAGGUCAGAGAAAUUUGGAAGUGAUUAGGCCAUUACUGAACCAACUUCAUCCAGACUGUUCAUCGUUGGAGAAUUUCGAAGCUCUGAUGGCUCUCUGCAAUCUUGCAUCUAUGAACGAGACCACAAGACAGCGUAUUAUAAAGGAAAAGGGUAUCAGUAAAAUCGAAACAUACAUUGCAGAAGACCAUGUAUUGCUCAGACGCGCUGCCACUCAGGUUAUCUGUAACAUGGUGCAGUCUGAGGACGUUGUGAAGCUUCACGAAAAAGAGAAUGAUCGAGUUAAAUUUCUGGCGUUGCUUACGCAAGAGGAAGACGAAGAUACUGCGAUGGCUGCAUCCGGAGCAUUGGCUUAUCUGACAGGUGUAAGUGAAAAAAGUUGCGAAAAAAUGUUCACGCCUGCCGCUUGGCUGGACAUCUUCCAUACACUUGUGGCGAAUCCAAGUCCAGAUGUUCAGCACCGUGGUCUGGUGAUUAUUUUGAACAUAGUGAAUACGAGCAAAUCUCUCGCUGAGAAAAUCUUCGAUACGGAUUUAUUGCGUAUGUUGUAUGGAGUAACGCAGCUGAACGACGAAAGGCGUGCCAAGGCCAUUGAAACGGCCCAAAAGUGCCUCAAAGUGGCGGAAGAGUAUCGACUGAUUGAGGAAAAUAAAGAUGCGGAUCUAUUACCGGAUGUUUUCCAGCAGAAUGAUCGAGAAGCGGCGCUUGAGUCAAUUGAAGAAUAAUUGAUUGACAGGUUUCCGUGCAGUCGGCAUUUUUCGUAUUUUUUUAUUAUUUUAAUAAAUGUCAUUUGAAAAUUCGUACUUAUGAUUAAUAUUAUGAAUUGACAAUAAAAUAGUUACAAUUUUUUUUUCUUGUAACGAUAAAUCGUA